AUGGUCCGGAUGCACGUGAAGAGAGGCGAGGAGAGCCAGUUUCUGUACGACACACACGUGGAGGCUCGGGUUGAAGACAUUAUAUACGGCAUUACUAUUAUUUACAACGGCCGGCUGAAGAUCUCGAGAAUAUGUUAUGAAAUCGAGGAGCUGGCCAAGCACGGCACCAUGCUGCCCCAUAACAUCAUGGGCCUCACCGACGAGCAGGUAGAGGAGCUGAAGCUCAAGGACGAGUGGGGCGAGAAGUGCGUACCGAUGGGCGGAUGGACCUUUAACAAGGACGUUAUCGGCCGCAGAAACGGCAGACAGCCUAACGCGAAGAUGCAGGAGGUCUUGAACAAAACGAUCGGGGAGGCACGAGCUAUGGUUUCAAAGAAAUUGAUACAAGAGGAAAAACUGGUGACGCAGAAAACUGUGCAAGAUGCACUGGAUAUACUGAGGGGGGCCGUAACGAUUGUGUAUCCGAUGGGACUUCCGCCUCACGAUACGAUCCGACAGGAAUUCGAAAACACCGAGGAUCUGAGUGGCACUCAGGCAUCUCUCGAAGUUAUCGACGUACAACUGGCGCAACUUUGGUUCUCGGGAAAGGAAAUGUUACCGGGAAGAAAAUUAAAAGAUUAUUUGGGGAUGAACGAGAAAACCAAGAUUAUCGUGAAGCUGCAGAAAAGAGGAGCCGGAAGACCUGCUCGUGAACCUCUGAUGUCAGAGGACGAAAGGAAAGAACUAAUGCUGCAUGCAUAUAAACGACAAGAACAACUCAAGAUUUCUAUCGUGGAUAGUGAUAUUAUGUUAACACAAGCGGGUAAAAUCAGUUUUCUGAUAAUUCUCUCAAUUUUUCUUCGGUUAUGCAGUGCCAUGUGGAGAAUAUUGUGGUGCCUGGGUAAACCAUAUAAAGCUUAG